UCAGAGAACUCCAAGGCAAGACGAAUCUUUAUCAAAUUAAUUAUUAACAAGUAAUUUGUUUAAUUAACAGAUAUAUUAUCAAUAUGAAAGGUGCAACUUGUGUGUUUAUUUUGAGUGUGCUGUUUUGUGUUUUUGAAGCAUCUUACGGUUUGGUUGAAAGAGAAUGCGACAAAUUAGAGGAGCACGGGGGACAUUGUAACCAUCCCAAUAUGGAGCUAAAAACUUGCCCUCAGGUGUGCCCUGAGCCCUUUGUUUACUCUUCAUUUGCCCAUUGUAUGGGAGAUUGCUGCCAGUGCAAGGAUGGAUUUAAUAUGGAUUUUUCUACUUGCGAUGGUUUGGUGGUCAGAGAAUGUCACGACUUAGAAGAAAACGGUCGUCAUUGCAACCAUCCUAAUAUGGUUCUUGGAAAAUGUCUCAAAGUUUGUCCUGGACCACAUUCAGCUUCCUCAGAUUGUCUUGGAGAUUGUUGCAGAUGCCAACAAGGAUUUACUAUGGAUUAUGCUACUUGCCAAUGCAAUCCUUAUACUGACCCUGUAGGACAAUAAAAUAAA